CGUUUUCAAAUUGGAUGCACGUUUCACAUAGCUCUGACUCUGUACUAGUUAAUGGCUAGCAAACAGACGAGCUGCAACUAGCAGACAGCAGCUGUUUGGGGGGCAAACAACACCACAGGAGAUAUUGUCGAGGUAGUGCAAAAGAGCGGGGCAAGUCCCCCCGGGGUCAUAAGCCAUGAAAAUGGCCAAAAAGAACGUGCCCCCGGGGCUUGAGAUCCUUCACGCUUGCUAUGGCGGAAAGCGCUUUUCAUACAACUGGUACAAGGGAUCGGUGCUUGUCCUUACCUUCCUAUGUUACAUGGGAUAUCACGCGGCUAGGAAGCCGCCCAGCAUUGUCAAGAGUGUGCUGAGGGGCAGCCCGCCGGUGAUCGGAAAGGGGCGCUCUCUGCUGGCGGACGGAGGGUUAGCCAUCAGCGUGUCGGACCCAACCACCCUCAACGGCUGGUAUCCCUUUAACGGCGACAACGGCCAGACGCUGCUGGGCCAGAUCGACCUGGCGUUCCUGGGCACGUACGCCAUUGGCAUGUUCUUCGCCGGCCACCUGGGCGACCGCCUGGACCUCCGCUGGUUCCUCACAGUGGGCAUGAUUGGGAGUGGCAUCUUCACCUCGUUGUUCGGCAUGGGCUACUUCUGGGAUACGCACAUGUUUGCCUACUACACCCUGGUCUCCGUGGCGGCCGGCCUGUUCCAGUCCACCGGCUGGCCCAGCGUGGUGUCCAUCGUGGCCAACUGGAGCGGCAAGGGCAAGCGCGGCCUCAUCAUGGGCAUCUGGAACGCACACACGUCGGUGGGGAACAUCCUGGGCACCGUCAUCGCGGCGGCCAUGCUGUCAGAGGGCUGGGGCUACUCCUUCAUCGUGCCGGGCUUCCUUAUGAUUGCGCUGGGCGUGCUCAUGUGGGCGGGCCUGGUGGUGCAGCCAUCCGACGUGGGCCACAUCAACCCCGACGACAAGAGCGGGCGGCCCAACUACGAGGAGGAGCUGGUGCCGCUGGGCGGCGUCAGCGGCAGCAAGGCCGACGCGGCGCUGGAGCGGAAGGACUCCACCUCGCGCAAGGAGGAGCCGGAGAGCAUUCACUUCAUGGACGCCUGGCGCAUCCCCGGCGUGGCCUCCUUCGCCUUCUGCCUCUUCUUCUCCAAGCUCAUCGCCUACACCUUUCUGUACUGGCUGCCCUACUACAUCAAGUCCACGCCCAUCGAGGGCCGCAAGCUGGACGCCAAGGAGGCGGGGGACCUGUCGGUGCUGUUCGAUGUGGGCGGCGUGGCGGGAGGCGUGCUAGCGGGCCACCUGUCCGACAAGUCGGGCGCCUCCGCCUGCGUGGCCACCGCCUUCACCCUGCUGUCGGUGCCGUGCCUGUACAUGUACCGCACCGUGGGCCACACCUCGUUCGCGCUCAACACGGCGCUCAUGAUGGCGUCCGGCUUCUUCGUCAACGGCCCCUAUGCGCUCAUCACCACCGCCGUCAGCGCCGACCUGGGCACACACGACUCGCUGCAGGGCAACGCCAAGGCGCUGGCCACGGUGUCCGCCAUCAUCGACGGCAUGGGCAGCCUGGGCGCGGCGCUGGGCCCCAUGAUGACCGGCUUCAUCAGCGACCGCGGCGGCUUCGACAUGGUGUUCAUGAUGCUGUACGUCAGCGCCGUGACGGCGGGCGCGCUGCUGGUCAAGCUGGUGGCCAAGGAGCUGCAGCUCAUGAGCACGCGCGGCGCCAAGCCCAUCUAAGCAAGGCAGUUAGGGCAGCUAGGGCAGCUAAUGCAGCUGAGGCCGGUGCAAGAUGGGGGGCUUUGGUGGCUUGGAGUGUGUGUGGAGGGGGGUUUGUGUGGGAAACAGGGCGUGGAGCCGCUUAUGUGAUAGGGGUCGUUCUGAUGGGCUGUUGUCCGCUUAAGCAGGGCUGCGUGCAGGCUGGCUGCAUAGGCAUGGCGGAUUACGGUGUAUAACACUAGUGACGCAAGCGGACCGAGCGAGAGCUGGCGCUCCUACGUUGGGUCUAAGAGCGGACUGUGGAGCCGUGCAGGUGGUGACGCAGCCAUGGCCUACCGCCGGCACACAAGCUGUGAGGCGGGCGAACCCCUGGCGGAGCAGCAGGGCGCUUGCUCGAGCACAAGGUGCGUACGUGAGCUAUGCCGUAGCUUUGUAGAGCGCCGCGGAUGUAGGCACCGUGAUUCAAGGUCUGGCAUGUAUGAUGUUUAGGGUGACACCUGGUGCUUUGAAUCUGACAGCAACCAGGCUCGCAUGAAUAGGAGGCGGUGCAGAGGAGGCGGCUUGGAGAGGUUAGGAGAGGUGGCUGUAACAUGUUGGGCGCGCGAAGGUGUACGCAGGGUGUGGCCAACUGGUAUGGCCGAAAGAAUGGACACCGUACGUCUCACACGGAUGUCAUGUAACAAAUGGGCAUU